AGAAACAAAGAAGAGCCUUGCUUGAGGAAUCAUGAAUGCUCCACCGCAUGACGUAUGUAAAUGGCAAUGGCGUAUUCAUCCUUCUCUCUACCAUUCGGUUGUCUUCUUCUUAGUAAGCAAAAACAGAAGAAGACGUAAUAGAGAAACUGAAAGAAAAAAGGGACAAAAAUUAAGCUGUCCCGGCAUUUACUCUUGUUUUCUACUAGCUUUCUCUACUUUUUUCGGAUCUUCCGAAAUGUAACCGCUUCAAUGAUAUCUAAGUUGCUGAUUGUAUCACUUCAACAUUGUGUUUCUUGACCUCUUUGUACUCUAUGACUGGAAUUAUGAAGAUUGCGGAUUUGAUUGCUGAGAAGACACAUUAAGAAUUACCAAAGCAAAUGGAUUUUUGCCUAUAAUUUUUUUCCUACUCAGAACUGACAAAAGGAAUCUCAUUCUUCUAGGAACAACGAAAUUGUACAUUGCUAUAUGCUUCCAAGAAGAUUUCCUCAGAUGGAUGCUAAUUCUAGGAAUGGAGGUGAGAGGGAUGAUGCUUCGCGAGGAAUUCUGCAUGACUUAUUGCCACUAAAUGAAAUUGAUCCAAGCACUCAAAAGUUCCCUUGUUGCCUUGUUUGGACUCCUCUCCCUGUGGUUUCUUGGCUUGCACCUUUUGUUGGACAUGUUGGCAUAUGCAGGGAGGAUGGUACCAUUGUGGAUUUUUCUGGAGAUAACAUGAUUCAUGUUGGUCAGCUCUUCUAUGGAACUGUAGCCAAAUACUAUCAGGUAGACAGACAGCAGUGCUGUUUUGCUCGCAACUUUGGUGGACACACAUGCCGUCAGGGUUACGUACAUGCUGUAUUUGGGACAGCAAUAAGUUGGGAUGAUGCUGUUCAGUUGUCUAGGCGCACCUUUGAGUACAGAAACUUCAGCGUUUUCAGUUGCAACGGCCACUCAUUUGCUGCUAAUUGCCUGAACCGGCUAUCAUUUAGAGGAUCAAUGCGCUGGAACAUGAUUAGCGUUGGAGCUCUUAUAAUGUUUAGGGGAAAGUGGGUCAAUCGCUGGUCAAUCUUGAGAUCAUUUCUGCCUUUCAUUGGGAUGCUUUGCUUCGGCUAUUUAAUGAUUGGAUGGAUGUUUCCAAUUGGUCUGCUCUCCUUUGUUCUUGCGACUUUUGGAUGGUAUGUCAUGAUCUGUUACUGUUGCAAGAUUGAGGAUGAUGAUUAGAACCUUGUGCUGUGUUGGUUCAAGUCUUUUUAGGUGUUUGAGAAAGACACUCAAAAGUGUUCUUUCCUGAAUAAAGUCUCUUCUUGUGAGAGAACUCUACUUAUUUUCUGUUGUAAUGUCAUGUGAAAACAUAUUAUAUUAGUUAAUGUCCAGUGUUGUAAUGUAAUGUUAAAACAUAUUAUGUUAGUUAAUGACCAGUGUUGUAAUGCAAUGUUAAAACAUA